UUGAGGGGGGCUGGUACGAUCAGGAUAGAGGUCUUACAGACCCUGGGGGCCACCAGUUUGGCCCUUCUGCUCUAAAAUCUUACGGAAAACGCUGUGGAAUUGGGAAGGCACCACCGCCUAACACUGAUCCGCAUGUCCCUUGCUGCCUCGGUUGUGCUUUGCAAAACUCAGCAGCAAAGCUUUGGUCCCCUGCUUCCGGUGCAAAGGACGUGUGGGAGGCCCUUUCGGCUUGCAAGCGGGGAAGAGGGGGAGGAAGCACCUAAAAAUCAAAAGCGGAGAACUAAGCUCAGACACCCUCAAAGAAGAACACCAGGACUGCUGCCGACGGAGGCUGGGGGUAUGCAAACAGCUGCUUCUCGCUGGCCGCCUUCGCUCCCAGGAUUGAGGGGCUGAGAGGAUUCCUGCAGCAGACAGGGCUGGGCCUCUCCCGCUCCGGAGAAGAUGGAAAACCAGGCCACGGCAAACGUCAGCAGGCAGUGCACCCUUCAGGCAGACUUCCAGUAUUUCCUCUUUCCUGUGAUCUACGGCGUUGUCUUUGUGUUGGGCCUGCUCGAAAACGGGGCCGCCCUCUACCUGCUGAUCUGGCGGGUCUCAAAACCCCCUCGCUCCUACGUCUACCUUGUCAACCUGGCCAUGGUGGACACCCUGUUUGUCUGCAUCCUGCCUUUCAAGAUCCACUACCACCUUCACCGCAACGACUGGGUCUUUGGGGACGUGGCUUGCCGCAUCACGGGAACCAUGUACUUCCUCAACAUCUACCUCAGCAUGGCCUUCUUUGCGUCCAUCUCCGUCGACCGGUACGUGGCCGUCUUGCGCCCGCUGGCGUAUGUCAGGAUCAAGAGCGCCCACUACGCCCUGGUCUCCGUCAUCCUCUGGGCGGCCGGGCUGAGCAUCGCCGGCUCACUGAUCCUGGGGGGGCCUCUCGAUGCCAACGUCAGCAACGCCCGGGUCUGCUUUGAAGGCUUUGGAGAAGCCUCAUGGAAGGGGCGCAUGGCCCCCUACAACAUCUGUGUGCUGGUUUUCGGGUUCAUGGUCCCCUUUGUGGUCAUCUUGAUCAGCUACCCUUUGAUCGCCCGGCGAAUCUCACACAUCCCUCGCGGUGCUUGCCGAAGGAAGGCCCUGACCACCAUCUAUCUCAUCCUCUCCAUCUGCAUGACCUGCUUCCUGCCCUUCCACCUCACCCACCUCCUGCAUUUCCUGAUGCGGGCCGGCCUCAUCCAGAACUGCCGCUUUGCCGCCUCCAUUUACAAGCUGCGCCGGGUCACCUUGGCUCUGGUUAGCUUCAACUGCUGCCUCAAUCCCAUUUUGUACUACUACACCUUGGCCAGCAAGCAGUGCCACUGGCGGUUCUGCUGGCAGAAAGGGACUUCGAAGGUCUACACCGUCAGCGGUGGCCACAGAGGACGCCCCAACCAGACGCCGCCAUCAAGGAAUGGGAGAUGGCCACAGAGGAUGCCCCAACCAGAUGCCGCCAUUAAGGAAUGGGAGAUGGAGCAGCCCAGCUGCCAUUGA